ACACCACACCACUCAACGCCCCGCCUGUGCCUUUGCAUCCACUGGGCUUGUAGAUACAAAUCCCGCGUCUUGGACCUUUGCGCGCCGUUGUGACUGCCUCGUUUUUCGUAUUCAUCGCUAAUCCCGCAGCAUCAGGCUCCGUAGCUGGAAACAAAAAGCCUAGCCACAGGAGCACUUUACUCUUCCACGGACCGCUGCGUCUCUAUGAUUUGCCUUGCACACCAGCGUCAUGACCAGAGUAUAUCAUCCGCGGCCGCAAUAUGCGCCACAGCGCAGCGGCACCCUUGAGCAGCCGCGAGCCGUCGCCAAAAAGAAGAAGCCUUACAAGAUUGUGCUCGAAGCGGUAACGCAGGAAAAGAAGAAACUGCACUCGAUCUUGACGUAUGCAUCCAACGCGCCCACUGGCUUCGGCUUCAUACCCGCUGGACAUCCAGAGUUCACGGAAUGGUGCAAGGAGCAGUGUCGCCAGCGCAACCUCGACGUACACAUUGUUUCGGCCAAACCCAAGAACAAGAUGCAUUCCGAUCCCGAGAAAUUAUCUCAUCAUGUCCACCGAGUCGGACACCAUUUUCCUUUGCAGAUCAUCGACCUUGCCUGUAGCAAGUUCGGCUAUACGUAUGAUGAAAGCCAGGGCCUUCAGAAAGCCAAGGAUGGUGACAGGACCAACUGGAUUGCCCGGCGCUUCGAGGACUACUCUUCACGCCAAGUUAAACAAGGACGUCCCACGACGGAAAAGGAGACCAAAGGCUACAUCCAUGGUGCCGUUCGCGAAAUGUUUCCCAAAAUCCCUGACGAUGAUUUGCAAGCCAUUGUUACCCAUGCCUUUGAGGAGGGGACAAACCGGGUAGGUAAUGCCAAGGAACUUUCCUUGGCUCGUAGAGUGCAGCUUGCUGUUGUCGCCCAUAUUCGCCAUACGUAUACAGAUUACGACAAGCUGCUCAAAAGCGGCGGUUGGAUGGAGGCUCGGUCCAAGGUUGAGAGUGUCUCCCUUGCCAAACUCAAAGAGUGGCGCGACGAAGCCGAUGAGCAAAGCAAUGAGCUCGAAGAAACCUUCCGUGAGGUCAUUGUUCUUGAUGAUGACGAUGAACCAAGCAGCGAACGCCAUUCCACGUCUACGCCUGAUGAACGUGAGCAGAGCAUGGAAAUUGUUUCUAGUCGUGCUACUGCGCACGAUUUGCAACCCGAACUUCAUGCUAACUACCCUCGUAAUGAUAUGAGAGGUGGAGCAAGAAGAACAAUUGUUCUUCCGCGAUACCUUCCACCGCGAUCAGGUCCAUUGCCUGGCUCUUCACACCCCCAGCCAUUCCCUCAGCUGCCACCUCCACCUAUGCACGCAACACUAAACUCUGAAUCACGCCUAGGACACCAUGGCGAAGCAUAUCGCUAUGGCACACACAAUCUGAAUGACAAACGAGCAAGGCCAGCUGAGUCUGGCUCAAGCCAAAGGGCCGAGCCCAUUUUGCACGAAAUCGACGGCCAAUUGUACAAACUUCAACCCAUUAAGGAGCCACAAGAUGAUUCAAUGAUGCGGUAUGAUCUCCCUCCAUCGCGACGCAUACAAGGCAUGUAUUCGCGUCCUGCAUCCCCUCGAUUUAGUGUGCAGGAAAGACCGCCCACGAGCACAAGACGCAUGCCAGAUCACGAUCUUGUACUCCCUUCUGUUGAGCGUGAAACAGUUGAUCUGACAUCACCACCACGCCGUAAUACAAACGCACAUCAUCCAGUACAGGAUCACAACAUGCUAGACAUGCACUACACCCAGGUACAGUCACCGAAGCGUAAGGCGCCGAAUACUUUCGCGGACGAAAGAGACACCCAAGCAGACCAACAGUCGAAACGUUCAAGGCCUAUGUAUCGUGAAGAACUCCACCCCAGAGCCUACCAAGGUGGGCCACUUGAGUUUCAUUCAAGUCAGCCAAUGGGUCCUCUUCACAGUGCUCCACGACCACCGCCUCCAGAGCAUGUCGUUGAUUUAAUAAACAGCCCAUAUGGUCCGCCUACCAAUAAUGUCAGAGGUCACUAUGAACCUCCACGACCCACUGCAGAUGUUGAUCCUCGUGGAUACGUAUACGCUCCUCCAGUGACGCAUCGACAGCCUGCGCGCGAUGUGAGAGAACCUCAUUAUCAGGUACCGGCUGGCGCACCUUGUCGUACUUACGUGCCCAAUGCCAGGGCGUAUGACAGCCGCGAUCCAGCCCGUGACUAUAUCUCGUUGCGAGAUGGGCGUCAGAUACCUCGAUUCGAGGAAGAGAGCCUGCGAUACAUGAGAACCGGAGUUCGAUAUGGUGCUUAGGAUGCUUUGAUUUGCAAUCAGCAUAGUGGGCGGAGUUUUUGGUUUUUCCUACGGACGAUACCCCCUGGCGUCUUUUUUCUUUGUUAUGCAUCUCAGAGAGCAUUUGUUUCUCGUAUUUCGCUUGUCGCAUGCUAGUCUGCAUCUUUGGCGUCUUGUUAUCAGUGCAUAGCAUGGUGAGGAUCUGUUUCAUCGAACAUCAUCAUCAAAGGAUGUGUUUGUGGCGAUGCCGCUGGACAAAGAGGAGGCAUCUAGCACAGAUCUUGGUCGACAAGGCCGAGGUUCUUCUGGACGGAGGAAUAUGGCUAGAUAGGUAGAGAUGAAAAGUACCAAAAGGCACCUUGAACACGAU